CAUCGUCAGAUAACAGAAGUACGGUGACAAAGAAAGUGAAGAGUUUCACGCCAUUGUGACGGUGUCAACUGCGUAUCACAUCUUUAAUGAUGACGAUCGUACUGACAUACCGAGCUACGAAAAGGUGAACGAGAUCUGGAGCCGUUCCACGAUUAAGUUCAAACUCGACUACAACCAGGAACUUAACUCGAGCGAAAUUAUCAGGGAUAGUGAAGGCAGAGAUUCUGAUAAGAGUGGGGAUAGCUUCAACAGCGAUAGCGAUUGCUAUUACGACAACGAAAGGACAUUCAUCGACACGCCUGGUUGGGCAGCAGAAGACACUGUCAGUGGUAGUAGCAGCAGUGAUAGUGAUAUCGACAAGAAAGAUAAACAAAUUACUUUCAAAGGUUCUCAACUACUGGAGACUGACAAAGAUCUUGACUAUUAAAGCGACUGGUGUGCAUUUGAAUGCAAAAUUAAAAAUAAAAGUAAAAUUAAAAUCAUAGAAGAGAGACUCUCAAGUUACCAGUCCUGUAUAUCUCAGCUUUACCAGAAGUCUAAGCUUCACGCUGACAUUAACCUCGUCGUCAUCGGGCAUCCCCACAUUAAACCAAAACGCAUUAGCAUCGGCCAACGCCGGAAGUUCAAGAAGUCUCCGGAAAUGGAAAUUUUGAAAGAGGUCAGGGUCAGAUCUGGUGCCGUUACAGCUACGACAACGUGGUCUGCAAUGGAUUUAGUGGGGCGCCAGUUUUCAUAUGGGGUCAGCCGAGAUCGGGAUUCGGUUACUGGUUUGGCCAUCCGCAUGACCAUUCCGAAACAACGGACGACGAAGAUGAUGAUCACCAGACAGUUUGUGUUGGUUAGAGCACGAUAGGAACAGAAAACAUCGUGUAGAUAGACCCGCGUGAUUAGUGCAUUCUAGGUUGUUUGUUUAAUGUUACAGUAGUUGUUACAGUGCUGUUGUUCUCACGCCAUUCCUAUAUGCAUCAGACUCCUGGACCUUAUACUCCCGCCACAUCAAAAAAGCUAAACUCCUUCCACUUACGCUGUCUAAGGAGUAUCCAUAUGGUACAUCGGUCCGACCACAUACCUACCAGAUACAGAAAUCUUAAAGCUGUCCAACAUGAACAGUACCAAAUGCGACAGUUAAAAGGUCUCAACUUUAAUGGGCGGGACAUGUAGUCCGCAUGCCAGACAAUCGCUUCCCCCAAGCGACUUCUGUACGGGGAGCUGUUCAGGAAAGCGCUCCCAGGGAGAUCAAUAUAAGCGCUAUAAAGACACUAUCAAGAGCUCCUUUAACAUACACGGCUGGGAAGCACUAGCUCUCGAUCGCUUCUCGUGGCGGCAAUCUUUGAGUCUCGGAGUCCCGAGAUAUGAAACAAGAAAAGUGGCCAUCGUGAAAGAGCGCCGAACCAACAAAAAGCUCACAGAAGAAGCAGGCCUAUCUGCAACUGACCAAAACCUACCCAUGCGGUCGGCUUUACAGUCAUCUUCGUGUUCAUAGGCUAUGAGAAAUGUGCUCAACUUCGAUCACGAAGGAGGAGCUAUACAGUUACAUCAGAUCUGGACGAAGUGGUUGUCUCCUCUCCAUUAAGUCUAAAACAGAAUGAUUAUUCCACUUUUAGUCAGGGUAUUGCAAGAUCGUCUGCCGUCACUUAGGAGUACAUAGAAGCUUAAUUUAUAAAGCGCUGAAUAUAUGUACGUGAGUGUGUGUGUGUGUGUGUGUUUCGUGUGUGAAUGUUGUUCAUAUUUACAACUAUAUUUUUUAUUGUUAUAGAAGUUAUGCUGACGUAGACGAUUGUAGUUAAACUAAACGUCCAUUUAAUUGUACCAAUUCAAUUAUCUUUUCUGUUGGAUUUGAAAACAUUGGUAGAAAUGUAACAUGUCUUACAUGGAGGUCAAUGCAUGAUUAGCAAGCUUGUUUGUUGUAUACAGUGUAAAGAGUACGGAGAUAUUUUACGGAAGUUUUUAAUAAAGCAUAUACAAAUGUGUGUGUGUGAAGUUUUCUUUCUUGUCUAAUAUUAAAAUAGUCGUGUCUUUAGGACUAGGAAGUAGUUGCAUUGGGCGUGUUUUGUUGUCAAGAAUAUUGUGUGUUUUACUUCUCGCUUAGUUCCGGUAUUGUUCUUCUAGUGGAGAGGGCGUUCUGGCUGUAGAUUCUGUCUGCGCUAUAGUUCUCACUGCUUCCGUGUUUUAACGGACAUACACACUCACAUUGAAGAAUGGUUUGUGAGAAAAGGCAAUUCCACAGAGACUACAUAAAGUUUGAGGAUUUUAGCAGCAAUCUCAGAGAAGUUUACAAGGAAAAGCUUUUUGAACUUUUUUCAGGAGCGAAUUCUAACGAGCAGUCGAAUUCUUCAGAAGGAUCCCAGCUCCUUAAACCGGAACCAGUCAACAGUCAACUGCUCAUAAAAGACAUAGCAAGCCUGCACGACUUCCUGGUCAAUAUGUCAGACUUGACAGGCUGCUUGCUCAUCAUGACGCGAGACGGGGAAGCGGUCAAGAACACGGGCACUGGUUUCGUUGUGAAGAUACGAAAGGAAGACUGCCACUGUCCUGACCAACAGGGACCUAGUGAAGGACAAACUAGGCACGCUAUAGUUACCAUAUCAACAGCGUAUCACGUGUUUAAAGAGGGUGAUCAAAUGCCUAAUCCUAGAUACGCGGAGGUCAGUCAAGCAUGGGGCUGUUAUAAGGCAGCGUUUAUACUUGACUAUAAUGAAAAAUAUAAAACAACGAAGGAGCUUAUUAACUCUAGCUUCCCGAAACUGUAUGGCGAUAGGCUCGUAGAAUUAGACAAAGAACCUGAUUUGGAUUGUGACUGGUGUGCCAUAGAAUGUUUGACUCAUGAAAGCGAGCUCGUUGAAAGCUUAGAAGGGAAGUUGUCAAAGUACCAAUCAGGAUUGGCUGAACUGUAUCAGAAGUCCCUCACAGUAUACAAGGAUGUCAAUUUGGUGGUUAUUAUCGGACACCCUCACAACUGGUCAAAGAGAAUCAGCAUUGGAAAAACAACAACGGCUAAAGAAGAACUCCGAGUUGUCAGGUCCAACCAGAUUUGGUGCCGCUACUACUACGACACUCUGACUUGCCCAGGAAGCAGUGGUGCUCCGAUUUUCAAAUGGGGGCAGCCGAUAUCUGGGUUUGGACACUGGUUUGGACACCCACACAAUCACGUUGGAAAAUUCGGUCUAGGCGGGAAAAGCACAAUUGGUGUUGAGAAUAUCAUUUAAUGAGUCUAUCCAGUGUAGCUUUAAAACAACUUAGUAUAACAAAUGUACAUGUGUGGAUCCCUCCAAGGCAGAACAGAUGUUCAGACACGCCGAUGCCUCAGGUAUCGAGUUUUAAGUUAGGCUGGUCAAUCAAGCGGGUUUUAAUUACAGUGAUUGGAUUGCGUAUCAAUGAAGAAAUUAUCAACUUUCACUUUAUAAUCACCAUAUAGAAUUAUCAAUUAACUUAUAGGUUAAUCAUUUUGACAAUAUUUUGAGUAAUUGUACAAUAUACAUUCUAUCUAUCUAUCAGAAUCUUUCUCUUUCUCUCUCUCUCUAUUUAUUGUACAUAUAAAUAUAUA